GAGGAUCUGUACUACCCACAUCCACUAGUACAAGACAUUCUAUGGGCAUCUCUUCACAAGGUUGUUGAGCCCAUUCUCAAGUGUUGGCCAGGAAAAAGGUUGAGAGAGAAGGCUCUUCUGACUACAAUUCAACAUAUACACUACGAAGAUGAUAAUACACGAUAUGUAUGUAUAGGACCUGUAAAUAAGGUGCUAAAUAUGCUUUGCUGCUGGGUGGAAGAUCCAAACUCAGAGGCAUUCAAGUUGCACCUCCCGAGAAUCUAUGAUUAUUUAUGGCUUGCUGAGGACGGAAUGAAAAUGCAGGGUUACAAUGGAAGUCAAUUAUGGGACACUGCUUUUGCUGUUCAAGCUAUUCUCUCAUCUAGCCUUAUAGAAGAAUAUGGUCCAACCCUUAAAAAAGCACAUGAAUACAUUAAAAAUUCACAGGUUCUAGAAGACUGCCCUGAUGAUCUAAGUUACUGGUAUCGUCAUAUUUCUAAAGGUGCAUGGCCUUUUUCAACUGCUGAUCAUGGAUGGCCCAUCUCUGACUGCACAGCAGAAGGAUUGAAGGCUGCUCUCUUAUUAUCAAAAACUCCACCUGAAAUUGUUGGUGAACCAUUAAAUGCAAAGCGGUUAUAUGAUGCUGUAAAUGUCAUUCUCUCUCUACAGAAUGGAGAUGGUGGCUUUGCAACCUAUGAACUGACAAGAUCUUACCCUUGGUUGGAGUUAAUCAACCCAGCUGAAACUUUUGGUGACAUUGUUAUUGAUUACCCUUAUGUAGAAUGCACCUCAGCAGCAAUUCAAGCAUUGACAUUGUUCAGGAAAUUAUAUCCAGGGCAUCGGCAAGAAGAAAUACAAAUUUGUAUAGAAAGAGCUGCUAACUUCCUUGAAGAGAUACAAGCAAGUGAUGGUUCAUGGUAUGGUUCUUGGGGAGUCUGCUUCACCUAUGGAACAUGGUUUGGGAUAAAAGGGUUGAUAGCUGCUGGCAGAACCUUCAAAAAUAACUCUAGUAUUCGUAAAGCUUGUGAUUUUCUGUUGUCCAAACAGCUUGCUUCAGGUGGCUGGGGAGAGAGUUACCUUUCCUGUCAGAACAAGGUGUACACAAAUCUUGGGGGAAACAAAGCACACAUAGUAAAUACCGGAUGGGCCAUGUUGGCUCUCAUCGAUGCUGGCCAGGCUGAGAGAGACCCAACACCAUUGCACCGUGCAGCAAGAUCAUUGAUAAAUUCCCAAAUGUUGAAUGGUGAUUUUCCACAGGAGGAAAUCAUGGGUGUCUUCAACCGGAAUUGCAUGAUCACCUAUGCCGCCUACAGAAAUAUUUUCCCAAUAUGGGCACUAGGAGAAUACCGCUCUCGUGUACUUCAGGCUCAUUGAAAUAUCUAUAUUUAUGAAUAUGCCAUUUUCAACUUGUGACCACUUUGAAUUUUAAAUAUAUUCUGUCUUUUUUUUUUUUUUGUGAACAUUCUGUUUGCUUUUACAAAAUAACCAUCGUUUUACGUAACGUUUGAGGCAAAUUCUUGGCUUAAUUUGGAUCGCAGGUUGGAUUUGGAUUCUA